AUGCCGCCCGACCAGCCCAAAGAGCUAUCGCAGCUUUGCAAAGACCGUCCCGAGUCGUUCCCACCCGGUUCAAGCACAUCAAUCGAUCUCACAAUGAACGAAGAAUCUGGAGCAGACCUUGGAAAGCACGAUCGCGAGAGUGAUGAGCUCAAAACAGAGCCUUCAAGCAAGCGCGCUAAGCUUGCAGCCGACAACGAGCCAGUGGACUCGAUGCGUAAGACAGUCACAAUUCCUGCAAAGAAAUACAAUAAAUUGACAAAGGACAAUGCUCGACUCCGAAAAGCAUGCACAUCCAAGCACCAAGAAUCGCUAGAAUACGAUCGCCGCAUCACCGAUGAGCUCAGCGACCAUGACAAAACAAGAAAUCAGCUAACCGAGCUCCAAGAACAAUACGUGCAAAUGGAAGCGGAGCUGUUAGCCAGAAUCGGAAAUCUCACCUCUGAGAUUGAAGGCCUCCAAGUUGAAAUUGCCGCAAAAGAUACAUCAUUGCAAGAGAAGACUCAGCUCAUCCAGGACCAAUCUUCAGAGCAGAGAGCUCUUACUGCCGCAGCUGAAAGGCACCAGCAUGAGUAUGAGAAGCUGCAAGCAUCUAACAAAGAGAAAGAUGCAAACUUGAUAGAGAAAGAUCGGGUUCUUGACAAAGAGCGCACAGAGAAUGAAAGUUUGAGACUCAAGGUCGCCACGGUGCUGGAGGACCAGAAGUCGAUGAGAAAGGACAUCAAGUCGAAGAAUACACGUCUCCAUGACUGCCAAAACACAUUGGCGAAGAGAGAAGAAGAUUUUCAAAUCAAGGUUUCUCAGUUACAGACCGUCCAAGUAGAGAAGGACAGUCGACAGGAAGAGGUUGAGAGUUUGCGCGUCGUCAAUGAUCGUAACGGCGCCCACAAUCAAAACCUCCGGUCCGAGCAUGAAAAGUUCAAGAGGGAAUCCAGCCUUGCCCUUGAAAAAUCCAAGAACAAGCUACAUGAUUGUCAGAAGCAAGUGGCCGUUCUGAAACAAGAGAAAUCCGACCUAACAGAGGAGUUCAAAGUGGCUCGAGGCGACUUCGAUGUUCAGAAAGGCCGAUGGAAUCAGAAGAAGCACGAGUUGCUUCAAAAGAUACGCCAGGCUAAUGGACAGCAGAAGUCCUUCAACAAUUACAAAGAAUCGGAUCAGCAAGUCCAGAAAAUAUUUGGAGACCUAAAAUUCAGUAUCGCCCAAUUCGUGAACAGGUACUUGAGAUCGGUCUCCGACGCGGGAGAUCGCGAACUAGAACUGGUCUGGUACAAGUUGAUGCCAGAUCCAGCCAAGUUUCUGAAGUCUCGCCUUUUGUACAACGCGGCAUUCGAAGCUUACAUUUGGAAUUCCAUACUCGACCAGAUGACGGCUAACACAUCCAACAUUUGGCCUGGAGAAUUGGGGCACGAGUUCUUCAAGACUCUGUGCAUGACGCAUGACCAGAUCAAAGGCCUUGCGCCUCUGUCCGAACUAUACACGGACUACCAAAAUUGGAGAUCUGCUUCAUGCGGCAUCUUUGAACGCCUAACAGAACGAUAUUAUAAUCCUGACCUCUUCCUUUUAACUGCUGAGGCUAUGGUCCAAAGCUUGUCCAGUCUCUGUGGAGAUUUGGAUGUCGAACGCGCCGUCGCCGAUGCAGUGAGAAUCUUUGAUGAUGCUCGAAGCUUCUUCAUAAUGCUCAAAAAGCUGAAAGCCGAUUUCAGAAUCCUCUCUCAUAAACCUGGUAUGCAAGGAAACCAGAUCACAAAUGGAUUCAAAUAUGAUGAGUCUUGCAUGGAGGAUAGUUAUCUUUGCCCUGAGGCUUCCACUAAAGUUCCUCGAACCGUGGAUCUUGUCGUCUCCCCUGCUGUAUUCAAAAAAGGGAACAACGAUGGUACCAACUUCCAGACCAUGAUAUGCAUCACCAAGAGGAGGGUCGUCUGUGAUGCCGUCAGGCUUCUUCCGAAGGCCAAGACUCCAGGCCGAGUGCAAGCUCAGACUCCCGAUACCCCUUUCGGAGGCGACGCGCCGGGUGCUCAGCAAUCGAUUACAGCCCCAAGAGCUACGAGGAAGGCUGAUUUCGCCAACAAGAUCAAGACCGAGGAGCUCGUCUCCGACUUCAAACAUGAGAACCAGGACGAAUCAGCACAUGGAACCGCCAGUCAGCCACCGUCUCGCACUCUCUCGUCAGGGUCUGUAAGAUCAAACCAAGACAAUCCUACUGUUCAGCCAGGCGCUUCUUUUGGAAUGCCGACGGACACAAUCAUGGAUGAUGCGCCUCAGAAACAGUUUGACGAGAAUGGGGCGGUGGAAACGGUGGAUAUUCUGACGACGCCUACAUCUGAGGAUGGCACGUCUGACAAGGAGGGAACUAAUUGGAUUGAAAAGCCUGCUGACGAGAAGGAUGGUUAUGACGAACCGGGAGAUACUUUAGAUUGCAAUUGA